AUGGCGAGCACCGGAAGCCGGACACGGGUCAGGAGUUUUCCUUCUCCAACAAGUUCUAGCUUGAACAGUGCGCAUGGGCAAAGUUCACGUAUUUUAACUGCAACUAGGAAAGCAUGGUCCACAGUUACAGCUCCAUUUCAGAAAUCAUGGUUAGCAGUCACAUUUCCAGUUAGGGAAAUAUGGUCACCAUUGGCAUGUCAUGUUGGAGGGAUAGUUGGCGUGAGAACGAUUGAGGAUUUCAAAGAAUUUUUUCAAGAUUUGAAGGCGUGUUUAAGAGGAGUAGUUCUCCAUGUGAUACUAUGUUUGACGUUGACGAUUCUUCUGCCCAUCAGUUUACCGUGGAAACUGAUAUUGAAGGGGAGAUUUACACUAACAUGGGAAAUGGUACUUGCUAUAUCAUGCAUAGCAAUGUCCGUAGAUCCAUUGUUCUUCUACAUUCCAGUUGUUGAUGAGAGCAACAAGUGUCUUGGAAUGGAUAGAACGUUAAGUACCACAGUUCUUGUGUUGCGUUCACUUACUGAUCUCACUUUUACACUCCAUAUAAUAUCUCUAAUUUAUGAUCGGAUCGACGUCCCCUCAAGCUCCGACUCUGACCCUGACCCGGAGAAGCAUAUUUAUGAAUGCAUACUUAGGAGGAUGAAGUGGUUGUCUAAAGAUAUUAUAGUUGACUUUAUUGCUAUGCUUCCCAUUCCACAGGUCACAAUAAUUAUAGUCCUUUUCAGAAUGAGAGCGUCCGGGCAUCUAUAUGAAAUAAUCAUUGGCAACAUCUGUCUUCCCUUACAAUUUUUUGCAAGAGGUUACCAAAUCUAUCACUUCCAGAAGCAAUUUCAGAUGCUUUGGAAAUGGGCUAAAAUUGCAUUCUAUUUUCUCAUGUACAUCAUGGCUGGUCAUGUUUUUGGAGCAUAUUGGUACUUUUUGUCCAUUCAACGAGAGAUGUCAUGUUGGCAUCAGACAUGUAGAAAUACUAAAGGGUGUAGAUCCACCAAUUAUUGCGAGGACACCAGUUCUUCAGCAGAUAUAAAACUCCUAAAUCAUUUCUGUCCUAUAAAUCCAUCCAAUGAAACACUAUUUGAUUUUGGAAUAUUUCUUGAUGCCCUUCAAUCUGGUAAUACAGGAUCAAUAAGUUUCACAACAAAGUUUCUUUAUACUUUCUGGUGGGGCAUUAGAAACCUGAGUAAUUUUGGGACCGACUUGGAAACAAGUAACUACGUGUGGGAAAACUGCUUCACAAUUUUUCUUUCUCUUGUUGGCUUGCUUCUGUUUAUAUAUCUCAUGGGAAAUGUGCAGACGUAUAUUCUUUGGGAAUCUACAAAAGCAUUGGAGGUUCAGGAAGGGAAAGUUAAGGCUAAAUUUGAAGAUUUAAAUACGUGGAUGUUAGAUAAUGAUGUCCCUGAAAAAAUAAAGACAGAAGUGGUGAAAAUCAUAAAGUAUCAGAAAGUAUUUGAAAGAAAUUACGCUGCCGGUAUUGAUGUUGAUGUGGACUUGGUUUUUGUAUUCAGUACUAUUACUGCGACUGGCAAUAGACCUGUGGCAAGUUAUUUGAAAGAGCAUUUCUGCGUAAAUGCCCUAAAGAAAGUAUCAAUCCUUCAAGACUUAGGAGAAGAUGAAUUUAACUUUGUAUUGAAGUUUUUCAACCCGGUUAUCUACGAGGAGAAUAGCUACCUGGGUCGAGCAGGAGAACCAGAUGACAAAAUGCUUAUCAUAACACAAGGCGUGCUAGCCGUAUAUGUAGACAACACAACUGCAGCAGGCUCCUCAUCAUCAAUUAUUAUUCCCAAGUCACGUUUUGAGAAAGGUGAAGUUUAUGGAGAAGAACUUUUGAACGGCUCUAUUCCUAUCUCGACCCGAGAUGUCAAAUGCCAAGCAAGAGUAGAAGCCUUUGCUCUCACAAGUCGUGGUUUAAAGUAUGUAGUAAAAAUGCUGCGGCAGACACGUACGACUUCGACGUUGUUCUAUGAUCAAGAACAAGUAAACAAGGCAUAUAGAGAGUUAACAACUACAAGAUCGGAGAAGUUUAUACAACAAAAGAAGAAGAUGGAUUGCACGGAGAAAGAUUUAUUUGAGUGGCUGUCAAGAAAUGGUGUUCACCACGACCUGCAGACAUCAGUUAUGAAACACAUUGAGGCUAAUAGUGUGUUGGAAGCAAAUCUAGAUGCAGAGGUUGAUCUGCGGUAUCUAUUUACUAUUCAUCUACCCUGGAAUAUCGAAUAUGACCUAAAGAAGGAUCUCUGCAUGAGUGCUCUCUAUAAAGUACCUGUACUCGUUGGCGUUGAUGAAGAUGUAUUGCACCGGAUCUGUAUGUCACUCGAGCCAGUGGUCCUCCCAAAGAAUAGCUGUGUUGUAAAACCAGGUGGCCAAAUUGAUCGAAUGCUCUUCAUUGUAGAAGGUAAAAUUACAGUGACUGAGCAGACUUUCCAUGUUUUAAGUAGAUUAAGGAAGAGAGGCAACAUUGAAAGAAUUCUGAAGAAAGGCGAUUUCUUUGGGGAGGAACUUCUGACUUGGGCAUUCCCUGACGUCUCUAUUUCCAAAUAUAAACCUGAUAUCUCGAGAAAAUAUGUCGAUUGCUGUGAAAAUGUAGAAGCCUUUGCCCUCACGAAGGAGGGUGUGGAACGUGUGGUCUCCUACUACCGGGAAGGAACCAACACAUUUAAGCAGUUGGAGAAUGGUAGAGAUGGCGUGGCUGAAACUAAUAUAAAUGUUACACCAACAUCUCCCACUAUUGAGCAGAGACUUGAUCAGCUUAUUCAGCUCCAGGUUGACAUGCUUCAACAGCAUCGUAAUGAAAUGGCUAAUCAGGGGCGGAGAUUGGAUGAGAUGGCUGCAUUCCUGGCCAGAUUGGGAUAUCUUAAUACACCACCGCCUCGUCCAUAUCCUCCUCCUCCUCCUCCUCCUCCUCAAUUAUCAAGAACAAGCUAG